AUGGAAACAACAUUGAAGGGUAUUCCAGGUACAGGAGUGUUUCUCGAUGAUAUCCUGGUUACUGGGCAUACUAAGUCAGAACAUCUCCAUAAUGUAAGGGAAGUGCUUAGGAAGCUAAAAGCAGCAGGCUUGAAAUUAAAGAAAGAAAAAUGCAAAUUUUUGUGCGAUUCCAUAACAUUUCUAGGUCAUGUAAUUGACAAAGAGGGAAUCCGUCCUGUAGGGAAUAAAGUUAAAGCUAUCAAAGAGGCCCCUAUUCCUAAAAAUGUAGGGGAACUUAGGUCGUUUUUAGGUUUAAUUACUUUUUAUUCCAAGUUUUUGCCACAGAUGAGCACUAAGCUGGCUCCAUUGUGCAAUUUACUCUAUCAAUCAGCCUCAUGGCAAUGGAAAAAUAAAGAAAGCAUUGCAUUCAACGAGGCUAAACAUGCUAUUUGUAAUUCAGGACUAUUGGUCCAUUUUGAUCCAGAGAAGGAAUUAACUUUAGCUUGUGAUGCAUCACCUUAUGGUGUUGGAGCGGUGUUAUCUCAUACCAUAGAUGGUGAAGAUAGACUGAUUACUUUUGCCUCGAGGACCCUGUCUCCUGCCGAAAAAAAUUAUUCUCACUUAGAAAAAGAGGCAUUAGCACUAGUGUUUGGUGUAGUUCGUUUCCGCGAUUAUUUGCUGGGUCGUGAUUUUGUUUUAAACACCGAUCACAAACCGUUAGUCACCUUAAUGUCUGAAAAAAAAAACAUGUACCAGCCAUGGCAAAUUCGAGGAUACAGAGAUGGACCAUUACUCUUUCAGCUUAUACGAACUGGAUUGAACAUAGAGAGAGUAGAUCUGGGGCCUGUGACAAUUGCAGAUAUUAGUAAAGCUACGAGCAGUAAUGCAACUCUGAGGAAAGUUUCAAAAUCAGUGUUAGAAGGAUGGAUAGAUAACUUACAUUCUAGUAGUCCAGAUUAUAAGCAGAUGUUGCCCUAUUUUAGGAAGCGUUUGGAACUCUCUGUCGUGGGUAAUGUUCUGCUAUGGGGUAAUAGGGUGGUUGUCCCUGACAUUUUACAUAGUAGUAUCUUGCAAGAACUGCAUAGUACACAUCAGGGAAUCUCAGGCAUGAAGAGCAUUGCUCGUUCACUGUUCUGGUGGUCCAAUUUAGAUGUAGACAUUGAGAAUAUAGUCAAAAAUUGCAAUAGUUGCAUUCAGAAUUCUAACUCUCCUGCUAAAAGUUUACAACCUUGGCCCUCAGCUAAUCGUGUUUGGUCCAGAAUACACAUAGACCAGUCAGGCCCUUUUGAAAAUCAUAUGAUAUUAAUUGUUCAAGAUGCAUAUUCUGAAUGGAUUGAGGCAAUAGCGGUGAAAAGUACUACCUCCAAAGUAACAUUAGAGAAAUUAUAUGAGAUAUUUUCUAGAUUUGGAUUCCCUGAAUGUAUCGUUAGUGACAAUGGGUCAGUGUUUCGAUCAGAUGAGUUUGAAGCUUUCACUAAACAUAAUGGUAUAAGACAUUUGUUUUCUGCUCCUUAUCACCCUUCCUCAAAUGGUCAGGCAGAAAGAGCAGUUCAGUUUAUUAAACACCGAUUACGUAAGGCAGUACGCGAUUCUAUGAGUGUCAGGUUGUCAAGAAUUUUAAUGAAUUUUAGACGAACACUACUGGCUUUACAUGGUGUUUCACCAGCAGAGAUUUUGUUGGGUAGACAGAUUCGCUGCCGUCUAGAUUUAGUGCAUUCAUAUUCUCCUAAAUCAAAUAUUUUAGCCGGUAGAAGUUUUAAGGGUGGUGAGGGUGUAUAUUUUCGUAAUUAUAGGCUAGGAGUGAGAUGGGUUCCUGGUACAAUAGAGAGUCCAAUAGGAAAUAAAAUGUAUCGAGUGGUGGACUCGAAAGGCUCAAAUGCUGAGAGGCAUUUAGACCAGUUGAAGGCUAGUGCUGUGCCGAUUGCUGAUCAAGGUCAGCCAGGUACGACUGUUGUGCCAGAUGAAGUGCAACCCCUGACUGAGGCGAAAAAUAUUUUUCCAUCACCAACGGUAACAAGUUCUGAAGAGGACUCUGAAAUAGUAUGCUGUUCUAGUCAGGACUCUGUUCAAUCCCGUCCUACCAGGCUGAGAAAAAUGCCAUCUAAGUAUAAGGACUAA